GUUGAGCUGCAGAUUUUCAACAAUCUCCCAGAAAAACCUAUUCCUCCAAAGUACAUGGCUCUUUACAUCGGCCUUUCUAUCUGUGGUGGCCUCUUGCUCCUGGCGCUUCUCGUUCUCAUUCUCUGGAAGAUCUUUGAUAUUUGCAUGUACUUUCAUGAUGCUAAGAAGCCAACUGCCAACUUUCCCAAAUUUUCCAGUACUCCUGAGGGUGGAUAUGACUAAACCUUAUGCUAGAUUUAUCAGUUUAUGA